AUUCUGUUUUUGUUUUGGAUUUCCAGCAUCCGCAGUUUUUUUGUUUUUAUCUAUGGUUGCAGCCUACCUAGGAAAAGAUUCUCCAAGGAUAGAAACCAUGAGGAAGGCAAAGGAAAAUGGCAGUUACUUUAUUCUAGCAAAGAGCACAAAAAUCUCAGAUGUGAAACUUGAGUUAGGACUUGCCCUUCGGGGGCAGAGCACAAUGGGCGAAUUUAUAUUUUGAAGUCUGCAAUGCUCUUGGUCUCAGCUUGGUUAACAUUUUGGUUCCUAUUUCUUAUGUUCAAUGAAAGCUACAAUUCUUGCCCACCCAAAAACACUUUAAGCGAAGAGGUAAAGGCAUGCCUGCAUUAAAUCAGAAUGGUGACCCUUUGGCUUCAAUGAUGCUGCACUUACUCUGAUUAAUAGCCGUCAAAAACAGGAAGCAGCAAUAUUUAUAUCAAGGCUAACUAUGGAUACAACUUAGAGUUAAGGAAGCCAGAAUCAAAUCAUUUGAAAAUAUAUCCAUAUUUGGCUUUAAUAUGUCACACAGUAUAAUAAUUUUAGAAUCUUCGUAAGGUAAUACCAAUUUAGUUUCUAUUUUUCCAAUUUAUUCCAACUUAUUAUUUUAACACAGCAAAGAUAGUUUGGAAAAUGCAUGCAUUGAUGCUUUUCUUGGUGUUAAGACGCUCCAGAAAUAGUCUAGCAGAAGCUGUUUCUUCAGAAAAUGAAAACAUUAAGUCAUAAUGCAUGAAUCUUAAUUUUGUUGUAUUUGAUUCCUGUGCAAAAUUUCCUGAUUUCAGUAACGAUUUCUAUAAGAUUAGAAUCAUUUGUUUUAAUUUAUAAUCGCAGUACAUCCCAAUAUAUGAUUGGCUUCCUUAAUAAGCUUACUGAAUACUCUAUAGUCUUUCCCAAUUCUUUGGUCUAUGUUAAUGAACAUUAUAAGUUUCAUGUCUAUUGUUCCAAUAAAUGUAAACUCGCUACGUUAAAGCCCAUCCUUAAUUAAUCCACUUAAUUUCUACAAAACACCUUGAACGCUAUCGAUCUCCCUUCUCAGUUAGUGUCGGAAAAUACAGCUUGGCGCAAAUUGGGUCUGGAAUUUGGCCAAGACUUUUGUUUCUGGAGGCAGGUGUGGGGAAAUGAGGUUGUAACAAUGCUGCAACUUUUGCAUCUCCGUGAAGAGGUUCCGACAACUGACUGCAGUGACAUUAAAAUUACAGGAGAGCGGAUCCAACUCGUCUCCGGAGCCCAGCAGAGUCAGCCUCCCAGUGCGGUAUCAUGCUGGGUUUGCCCGCGUUACAACAGCGACUCUAGUUCAAAACUACUCUGGGCAGUUCGGAGAUUUUUUUUUCUCUGUGAGCAGGGGUACGGGAUUUUCUCACUGGGAAUCUCUCUCUCUCUCUGGGGGUUGCUGAAGCCGCGUAUAACUGACUUUCAUCAAGUCCAAGGGGAGAUUUUAAAUUUGCCUGGAGUUGGUGUUAAUGUUUUGAAUGUUGACAGUCCUGUUCUCCAAACAUCCAGCGAGUAAUGAACGAUUAGACCCCCGGGGCAGGAAUGCAGUGGAAGUCGGGAAUAGGCACCGCAGCUGCCCCGAUGCAGGUCGGCUCUGCUUGAUCUCAAACCCUUCACUGCUUCGAGCUAAAAGUUCAAGAAAGCGAUAGUGUGGUGAUCAAGAAGUAGGAUUCGAUCUGCACUCAACCUUUUGCAGCUCAGUUUUUAUUUCCCCUCCUAAUGCCCCUUAAGUGUUUUGGGGGGUGGAGAGCCUGCUCCGUGCUAGUGCAUCCCCAGGUGAAAGUCUGAAGCAAAGUGCGCCAUUCGUUGGUGCCCCACUCCGGGGGUGGGGUUCCCAGCCCCAUCACAACAUCACAGCCGCUCUCGCUCUUCCAGCUUCUGACCGGCCGCUGCUGCUUCUUUAGCAACGCGCGCGAAGCGUUAACUCUUGUUUCUCUCUCCACAGAUGCUGCCAGGACCUGCUGAGCUUUUCCAGCCGUUUUCUGGUUUUGUUCCGCUGCAGCCACUGGUUCCGAAGUCCGAAAUCAGGCAAACAUCAUCCAAAAGCGUCUCCAUCGCACAAAACAAGUUUUUUUUUAAAAAGAAUAAAUUCUGAAAGUAGCUGGGAUUUCCCAGUUCCGUCUAACUUUCUCGCUAAGUCGUGUGCAAAUGACACACUUACCAACAUAAAGGCUGACUCGAGUGAUACGGGAACAGUCGACGCCCUGAGUUUGAAGGCUGCUCUCCCUUAGAGUCAGAGUGCGGGGGAACGAGGCCGCUCGGCCCAUCAUGCCUGUACCUGCUCCAUUGGUGGAGCUGUCCAAUCACUCCCCCUGCUCUUCCCAUCUGUCACACGCGGAACCCUUCAGAACAGUGACAUCGCCAGAAAGUUUAAGCACUGAGCGGCCACACAGACUGUACCUAGUGAAUCAGCGUCCCCUUCCACUGGAACUAUAAGCCCAGCCUGUGUGGGUGAAGUGUGAGUAGUGCGGCUGUGGCUCGGCGCGGUCCUUCCUUCCCCCAACCUCCUGGCGGAGAGGUGAGGAGCUCUUGUCUCUGUCCAUCGCCCUCUCCCUUUCCUGGGGAAACAGUAGCUGGGCGAUGACAGGAGGCCAGCCGGGUACCGCAGUCGCUUUGUGAAAAGCUACCCCUGCGGGGAGACGAGAUCUGCGUCAUAUUUUGAAUCGUUUGGUUUUGCUUUUUCUUUACGCGAAGAUUGUGAAGAAGCAAACAUUUAAGGACCGUUUGAGGGAAAGGAUUUCAUCUUAUAAACUCUGGUUCAUAUGGGGUGUCAAUGUGCUGUUUUGUAUUGCGGAACCGGCAAGUGAAUCGCCCCGGUGGAUCGAGUUUGCUACUUUGGAAGUGAUGAUGACCUUGCCACUGUCUGUAGCACGCUGAUUCACCAUGCCCAUCAUUUCCCGAAGCAGCGAGAACGACUACAGUAAUUUGAGCGAUACUUCGUCCAAUUCGUUGAUCCACAUUGUUCCUAGAGCUCACGCCGAAGCCCCACCUGUCAAAGGAGCCUUCUACCAACGAUGCAGACGGAUCCCCCACCCAGGUCAGCCGAGCCCCAUUGACCAGAGGCAACACAUCAUUGUCAACGUGGGAGGCACCAAGUACUUGGUGCCCUGGCGCACUCUGGAUGACUUUCCACUCACAAGACUUGGGAGAUUGAAGUUUUGCAGCAGCUAUGAAGAAAUUGUACAGGUCUGCGACGACUACGACGAGUCCUCCAACGAGUUUUUCUUUGAUCGGAACCCAUGUGCUUUUCGGAUGAUCAUCACUUUCAUUUCGGCCGGGAAACUCCGCCUUUUAAGGGAGAUGUGUGCCAUGUCCUUCCAAGAGGAGCUGCUCUACUGGGGAGUGGAGGAAGCCCAGCUGGAGUGGUGCUGCCGCAGGAAGCUAGUUCAGAAAGUUCGUGAGGUGGCUGAGAUCAAAAGAGGAGAGGACCUUGAGGCAGACAAAGAGAAGGUGAACGUUCAGGUUGAGAGAACCAAAUUUGGAUAUUAUAUGGACAAACUGAGAGAUAUGGUGGAAAAUCCUCAAUCAGGCCUUCCUGGGAAAGUGUUUGCCUGUCUGUCCAUUAUAUUUGUCACCAUUACUGUAAUUAGUAUUUGCAUUAGUACAAUGCCAGAAUUAAGGACAGAAGACGAGAGGGAUAAAUGCUCCCAGAGGUGCUAUAACAUGUUUAUAAUAGAAACCAUCUGCGUGGCCUGGUUCUCCUUGGAAUUUGUCCUUCGGUUCAUACAGGCACGAAGCAAAUGGCAGUUUCUGAGGGGCCCUUUGAACAUUAUUGACAUAUUGGCAAUUCUACCGUAUUAUGUUGCACUUGUGGUUGACAAAGGACCUGCGGACAGCAACAAACCUUCAGGAAGUAACAUCUAUUUGGAAAAAUUAGGCCUGGUCCUCCGAAUAUUGCGCGCCUUGAGAAUUCUGUAUGUCAUGCGCCUUGCUAGGCACUCCUUAGGACUUCAGACAUUGGGUCUUACAGUCCACCGCAGUAUUCGUGAGUUUGGACUCCUGCUGCUUUUCCUCUGUGUGUCUGUCACACUAUUUGCACCACUGGUAUUCCUUGCAGAGAAUGAGAUAGGCAGAGAGCAAGACUUUAGCAGUAUUCCUGCGUCAUACUGGUGGGCUAUCAUUUCCAUGACAACAGUGGGAUAUGGUGACAUGGUACCUCGAACUAUCCCUGGUCAGGUGGUAGCUCUCAGUAGCAUCCUAAGUGGGAUCCUAAUAAUGGCAUUCCCUGCAACAUCCAUUUUCCAUGCAUUUUCCCGUGCAUAUUUGGAGCUAAAACAAGAGCAAGAGAGAGCACAGGCCCAUCUGAAAUACAUCCAAAAGGCAGCAAAGCAGACAGAGAAUCAAGGUUUCAGUGACACAAAAGAAAUAGUUUUUGAAGACACAGAUUGUUAAUGAAUUUAGUACUGCCAUGAAAACAGUCUU